AGGAAGAUGUUGUAUUGACCUCAGAAAGGUUGGAUUGGGCCUUCCACCUUGAGGCGGUCCUCCUCUCUAGUAGUAGUAGUCAGUCUUCUCUUCUCUAAACCACCCCCCAAACUGCACUCCAAAAUACACACACAUUUGAUCCCAUCUACCAUCUUCAAUAUCCUCUGCACACACCUCAAUCCAAACCCAUGUAAAAACCCAUCACAAAACUCCAUUGUUCUUCCCAUUCCAAUCGUCUUCUUCAACUACAAAACCCCAUGGCCUCCUACAUCGGCGCCAACACCCGCCGGGGAGGAGGUUGGGUCCGCUCUCUCCUCCCCACCUCCGCCGCCACCUCCUCCGCCUCCAAAUCCAAACACUCUCGCAAGUACCGCAAACGCGCCGCCCUCAGAGACUUCAUAUUCGCCAACUUCUUCACUAUCGGCCUCUUCCUCUCUCUACUCCUGUUCCUCAUCGUCGUCUUCCGCUACGGCGUCCCCAAACCCUUCUCUUCCCAUUUCCGCCGCCGCAAUCACAGGCCCCGAAAGCCGAUUUAUCGGAAACCGCCGGCCUUGGCCGACCGCGAUGUUGUUUCCGGGGCUGCUGUGGAUAUAACGACCAAGGAUUUGUAUGAUAAGAUCAAGUUCUCGGAUGUCGAUGGUGGGCCGUGGAAGCAAGGUUGGAGGGUGAAUUAUAAAGGGAAUGAGUGGGAUUCUGAGAAAUUGAAGGUUUUUGUUGUCCCUCAUUCGCAUAAUGAUCCGGGUUGGAAGCUCACUGUUGAGGAAUACUACGAUCGACAGUCUCGCCAUAUUCUCGAUACCAUCGUCGAGACUCUUUCCAAGGAUUCUCGCCGUAAAUUUAUAUGGGAAGAGAUGUCUUAUUUGGAGAGAUGGUGGAGGGAUUCCUCAGAUAUUAAAAGAGAAUCUUUCAUCAAUUUAGUGAUGAAUGGACAGUUAGAAAUUGUUGGAGGUGGUUGGGUGAUGAAUGAUGAGGCUAAUUCACAUUAUUUUGCUAUUAUGGAACAGAUGAUGGAGGGGAAUAUGUGGUUGAACGACACCAUUGGGGUUGUUCCUAAAAAUUCUUGGGCAAUAGAUCCUUUUGGUUAUUCAUCUACCAUGGCGUAUCUUCUGCGUCGCAUGGGCUUUGAGAACAUGCUUAUACAGAGGACCCAUUAUGAGCUUAAAAAGGAACUAUCUCUGCAAAAGAAUUUGGAAUACAUAUGGCGACAAAGCUGGGAUGCUGAGGAAACAACUGACAUUUUUGUCCACAUGAUGCCUUUCUAUUCUUAUGAUGUUCCGCAUACUUGUGGGCCAGAGCCUGCAGUUUGUUGCCAGUUUGACUUUGCAAGAAUGCGUGGCUUUGUUUAUGAACUCUGUCCUUGGGGAGAACAUCCAGUAGAGACCAACCAGGAGAACGUGCGGGAGAGAGCACUCACACUGCUAGAUCAGUAUAAGAAGAAAUCAACAUUAUACCGAACAAACACGCUUCUUGUUCCCCUUGGAGAUGAUUUUCGUUACAUCAGCAUCGAUGAAGCAGAAGCACAGUUCAGAAACUAUCAAUUGUUAUUUGAUUAUAUCAAUUCUAACCCCAGAAGACGCGGAGAUGCUGGAUACACUGAGCAAGGAGAUGUUUUUCGAACACUUCGAGAGGAGGCUGACAGAAUAAAUUAUUCACGUCCCAGUGAAAUUGGAUCUGGUCAGAUUGGAGGUUUUCCUUCUCUAUCAGGUGAUUUCUUCACUUAUGCUGAUCGACAGCAGGACUAUUGGAGUGGCUACUACGUAUCUAGACCUUUCUUCAAGGCUGUGGACCGUGUAUUGGAGCAUACACUUCGUGGUGCUGAAAUGAUGUUAGCUUUCUUAUUGGGACACUGCCAGAGAUCAUCAUGUGAAAAGUUGCCAACUGGUUUUGCCUACAAGUUGACAGCUGCAAGAAGAAACUUGGCUCUUUUUCAGCAUCACGAUGGAGUAACUGGUACUGCGAAGGAUCACGUGGUUGAGGACUAUGGAACUCGGAUGCAUACCUCUUUACAGGAUUUGCAAAUUUUCAUGUCUAAAGCUAUUGAAGUACUGCUUGGAAUCCGCCACGAGAAAUCUGAUUCUCACCCAGCUCAGUUUGAGCCAGCACAAGUGAGAUCUAAAUACGAUGCCCAACCAUUGAACAAAGCGAUCAGUGCACACAAAGGAACUGCACAAUCCGUAGUCCUAUUUAAUCCUCUGGAGCAAACAGGAGAUGAAGUUGUGAUGGUUGUUGUCGACAGGCCGGAUGUGACCGUUUUGGACUCAAACUGGACAUGUGUCAAAAGCCAAGUGUCUCCCGAAUUGCAGCAUGAUAAAAGUAAGAUUUUUACUGGGAGGCACCGAGUCCAUUGGAAGGCUUCUGUUCCACCUCUGGGAUUGCAAGUAUAUUACAUUGCUAAUGGGUUUGUUGGAUGUGAAAAGGCCAAGCCAGCAAAACUCAGAAUUUUCACAAAGGACAACCAUUUACCUUGCCCCGCUCCAUAUGCAUGCUCGAAAUUAGAAGCUGACACUGCGGUAAUCCAAAACCGGCAUCAAACUCUUACUUUCGAUGUCAAUCUUGGCUUGUUGCAGAAAAUAAGCCGUGAAGAUGGUUCUGAAGAUGUUGUUGGUGAAGAGAUAGGUAUGUAUUCUAGUUCAGAAAGUGGGGCAUAUUUAUUCAAACCCAAUGGUGAUGCUGAUACUAUUGUCAAUGCUGGUGGGCAGUUGGUGGUAUCUGAGGGUUCUUUUAUGCAGGAAGUUUUUUCUUACCCGAAGACUUUGUGGGAUAAAACUCCAAUCUCACACAGUACCCGUAUUUAUAAUGGCGAUAACACUGUACAAGAAUUUCUCAUUGAGAAGGAAUAUCACGUUGAGCUUCUUGGCGGGGAGUUCAAUAAUAGAGAACUAAUAGUUAGAUACAAGACAGACAUUGACAACAAAAGGAUAUUCUAUUCUGAUUUAAAUGGAUUUCAGAUGAGUCGGAGAGAAACCUAUGAUAAGAUUCCUUUGCAAGGAAAUUACUACCCAAUGCCCUCGCUCGCCUAUAUGCAAGGACCAAAUGGUCACCGCUUUUCUGUUCAUAGCAGGCAGUCAUUGGGUGUGGCAAGCCUUAAAAAUGGAUGGCUAGAGAUCAUGCUUGACCGUCGAUUGGUGAACGACGAUGGGCGUGGUCUUGGGCAAGGAGUGAUGGAUAACCGACCAAUGAAUGUAAUUUUCCAUAUCCUUGUGGAAUCCAACAUUUCCUCCACUCCAGAUCCUGUUUCAAACCCCCGACCCCUAAGUCCCUCGUUGCUCUCUCAUCGAGUUGGUGCCCACUUGAACUAUCCAUUACAUGCAUUUAUUGCCAAGAAACCACAAGAAAUAUCUGUGCAGCCACCGCCAAGAUCCUUCUCUCCUCUAGCUUUCAACUUGCCAUGUGAUUUGCAUAUUGUGAGUUUUAAGGUUCCUCGUCCAUCAAAAUAUUCUCAGCAACCCACUGGAGACCCUAGGUUUGUUCUAAUUUUGCAGCGGUGGCAUUUUGAUUCUUCGUACUGUCAGAAAGGCAGGGCUCAAUGUUCGAGUGUAGCUGAUGAACCCAUAAAUCUGUUCGACAUGUUCAAGGGUCUUGCAGUCUCGAAUGCGCGAGCUACAUCUUUGAAUCUUCUGCAUGAAGACGCGGAGAUGCUUGGAUACACUGAGCAAGGAGAUGUUGCCCAAGAAGGGCACGUGCUAAUUUCUCCCAUGGAAAUACAGGCUUACAAAUUGGAAGUACGUCCUCACUAAUGAGUUCAAAGUACCGAUCCUGUUGCAGUUUCUUCAACUGGUGCCAAAUGCUGGGUUAGUGGCGGUGAAGAUGAGCCUGUGUUUGCUUUGAAACUGCCAAUUUCAGGAAUAUCAGGAUGACUCAUCUGUAUACUAAUAAUUAACGAAAGAUAGAGCUGUUCCAGGUCUGUGACUAUCUGUAAAAGUGACCAGCUCAUCCAAAUGAUGUUUGCACAGCAUUUGGUAUGGACCUGUUGUUUUGUCAAGGAAAUUAAUUUUUCUGCGACUCCUUCCAUAUUGUAUUUGGAUAACUGGGAUCUGGUGCCUGAUAGAAUGUGUUGACUGUUGUCAUUAGAAAAUUUUGCGUUAUAAGGGUGAUUUUGGUUUAGGACUAAUUGAUGUUUAAAAUGCUUAUAUACAAUAUUCUUAUUGUUAGUGUGAUUGAUUUUGCAACAGUGUUUCCUGGAAACAAUUUGUGAUGUUUUUGCGCAUGCCUAAUCGCCUUUGGAAAA